AUGAUGUGUAUUAUCCGAAUAUUUGUUGCAUUAUUGGCCGUUAUAAAUGGACUCGAUGGAAAAGCAGGUAAGGCUUCACUAGCUAUCUAAUGAACAAAAAUCUAUCGAUAGAGUAAACUUUACACUCCUCAUGUUCACUUUCAGUAAAAAAGUAGCACCGUGUGUCAUCAGAUGAUAUAGAAAGAAUCCAGCUGCGGGAGAGCACGUUCAUUUCAUAUAUAAAAUUAUAUUAUGUUUAUCAUUUCUUAUAACUUAAAUUACUUAAUAUCAAAUAAUAAAGAGAAUAGAAUCAGUUUAAUGAUUUUUGAAAACUAACCUGUACAAACCUGUACUGUAUUUACAACAGAGAGCGAACUUUUAACUUAUAUAUAGCAUGUAGAAACAGUUGAUUUGUGAAGAUGACAGGUUUGAAUUCCAGCCAAUCUUUCUAACAAGUUGCAAAACCUAAAAUAAAUGUCAAGAUAUUAGUGUUGCUGGAAGGCCAAAUUAAAGAAAUCAUUUUUAACGCAGGAAAAACUGUCCCAUAAUGCCAUGCAUAUAUAUGAGAUCAUAUUUAAAAGUUGCUACUGUAAAUUUUUCAACCGCGAGCCAGAGCCUGGAGGUUCAUGGUGCUCGACAUAAUUUCACUUCAACCAAAUCGACAUUAUUUCACGUCAACCAAACACUCCUAUAGGAAAACAUGACUCUAAGUACUAACUCUAUACGCGUUUCAAGCGUUGGCGUUGAACCUCGAGGCUAAAUCGUUCGAUCGAAACAACAAGUCAACGAUAUACGUACAGUUUUGAACCUAUUCAAUUUUGAGGUUAACAAAAUUUUAUAAUACUACUACUGUCGGGUGCUAUUUGCUGCUAGCUGGAAGAAGUAUUUAAGUACUAGUUAAUGAUGACUAGAAGCAACGCGGAAGCAAUAUUUGUUUGCUUCACUGAGUUGCAUAAAGUUAAUAUUGCUGUAUAUAAUGAGGAAGCGACUGGAGUUAUAUUCCACCUGGUGUUAUAUCCACGAAAGAUCUUCAUACCAGCCGAAACCUGCAACUCUAUAAAGGGAGAAAAGAUUGUAAGAAUGUCAUGUCAGCUUGGUUGAAAGGUGGAAAAAAUACUUGUCAAGAGGGCUUGACGAAAAAAUAUUCAGAGUCGUUCAAAAAAUUAAAUAAAUAUAUAAAUAAUAUGAUAUAAUUAUGAUGUUGUGAUAUUGUUCACUUGGUAAUCCGGCAUAAGAUGAAAUGUUUUUGAGUGAAUUCACGUCCAAACCGCGCAAGCAAAAAUUUCUGUCUGCCGUGGCAGGGUUUCGAACCCACGACCUUCGAAAUUGAGCUCGACGCGCGUACGCUCUGCCAAGUACCUUAGGUUAUCAUUUAUUAAGGCGCGGGGCUUGGGCGCGGGGUUGAUACAAGUUUAUCACUUUAGGGACGACACUGAUAAAUGUCACGAGCGAGAGCAGCGAACGAAUGACAUUCAUGAUAUCGUUCUGAAAGCGAUAAAACUGAUAUCACCCGAUUAUGAUAAGCUGUUUAUUAAAAUAUUUGUGCCUUUGUCAGGGUCAGAAGUUAUUAGCCUUAAUCAUUGCCCCAACUGCCACAUUAUUAAAACAGCGGGCUGACAAAAACAGUGACAAAAAAGUGAUAUCAGUGUCAUGUCGUUUUUAUGUCAUGACAACCUGUUAUCGCCCUGAUAAAGGUUGUCCACGAGCAAAGCGGAAAAGUUGAAUACGAGCGCGAAAGGCUGCUGGGAAUCGCUAUGAAAAUUCAUUAAUUUGUUAUGGACUCCCAGCAGCCUUUCGCGCUCGUAUUCGACUUUUCCGCUUUGCUCGUGGACAACCUUAAUUGAAAUAGCUGUAUAUAUCAAACGAUCUCAUCGAUUUUGCAUUUUCAUUUUUGCGCGACAAUCUAGUCCCUGCAUGACUUUGUUGUUGGGCAGCAUGAGAUAUUAAGGUUUUAUUAUUUCAAUAUAUUUGCAUUAAUUAUAUUUAGCGUCCUCUGUUUUAGACAAAGAAAUUUCUUAUGACGUUUAAUAUCCUUUCAGCCUUUCCUUCACAACAAAAGCUAACAAAAAAUGUAAUUAAUAUCACUGAUUUCACGUUAGUUUACUGUAUUUUUUUAUACCUGUACUGUCACUACUGUGUUUCCACUAAAUCAAUAAGCACCCCUCUCUAUUAUGCGCGCUAGGAUUAAGCCCCCCCCCCUUCGUGAAAUAAAAGCGAACUUAAGCAAAGCUUAAUCUAGUACGGGGACGUGUCGAGAAACCGCCUUAAAUUUUACACUUUAUAAUUAUAAAGAACUACUGUUAUUAGAUAGCUUAAGAUCUACGACGUCGACGCCAGCUAGGACGUCAGGGCUAAGCAGAGGACUGGGACUACAUUAGGACGACAUGCUAGUCCCAGUCCACUGCAUAGCCCUGACGUCCUAGCUGACGUCGACGUCGUAGAUCUUAAGCUAUCUAUUGAGAACUUCGACAAAGCAGAAUGAAAGUGCAACGAGAACGGCCAAUAGUAUCAUAUUAAUGCAAGAAAACGAGCAGAAAUUAAUAAUUAAAAUCUCACGGACAUUUUAGACGUCGCCGUAGCUCUGUUUUACAACGGCAAAAUACAGAUUAUCACGUCUUGUAUAGAACGCUUACAUUCCAAGCUGGGACAACUGCUAUUUUAAAUUGGGUCCCAGAACUUUUCUCAAUCAUAAACCCAUUGUUAAUUUUGAUCCUUAAACUGUAUUAUUUUCAUACGAUGGAUAAUAUAGACGACGAGUUUUCUUCUGCAUGCGCAAUCAUUUGGUUAAAUGAGUUUGUUUGCCGUCGCGUUCACCGUCCUACAUGCUUAACGUCGCUAAAGAAGCCACUUGGUGGGGCGUAAUGGAGGUUUUACAGAUAUAUCUAGCUAUAACGGCUGUAAGUUCAAUUUAUAUUAUUCAUAUUUCUAUAGUUGAUACAGCUGUCAAUCAUCAAAAAAAAGGACUUUACUUUGGACUCAUGAUAUCAUGUGAGACUGGACGCAGUUCUAUUGAUUACCUGGACUAUGGUUGUUUUUGUGGUCUGGGAGGGGCAGGUACACCUGUGGAUGAUCUGGACAAGUAUGUAUAUAUCUAGAUUAAAGCAUGAAAAUUUUAAGACGAGGCGUAUAGAAAAGGUUUGAUUUACCUUCAAACAAUUUCUCAUUAUGCAGGAUAGACUUUCAACCACUAAUCUAGGCUUUCAACCCAUGGAUGCUAAAUUAUGGCUGCUUCCUCGGGUAGCCGAGGUAGCAGAACACACAGCGGACAACGUGACCAGUGUCAGUUUAAUUACCAGCUUUAACAAACGUGCGUGUAUCAAUAAUUUCCCAAUUUAAACACGAAAUAUACCAUUUGCUAUGCCAUAGUCCAUAUUGUCCACACUUAGUCCACACUGUCAACACUUAGAUAUACAUGUACAAGUCCAUAGUUCACACUGUCCACACUUAGGUAUGCAAGUUCACACUGUCAACACUUAGAUAUACAAGUCCAUAUUCCACACUGUCAACACUUAGAUAUACAAGUCCAUAGUCCACACUGUCAACACUUAGAUAUACAAGUCCAUAGUCCACACUGUCAACACUUAGAUAUACAAGUCCAUAGUCCACACUGUCAACACUUAGAUAUACAAGUCCAUAGUUCACACUGUCAACACUUAGAUAUACAAGUCCAUAUUCCACACUGUCAACACUUAGAUAUACAAGUCCAUAUUCCACACUGUCAACACUUAGAUAUACAAGUCGAUAGUUCACACUGUCAACACUUAGAUAUACAAGUCCAUAUUCCACACUGUCAACACUUAGAUAUACAAGUCCAUAGUUCACACUGUCAACACUUAGAUAUACAAGUCCAUAUUCCACACUGUCAACACUUAGAUAUACAAGUCCAUAUAGUUCACACUGUCAACACUUAGAUAUACAAGUCCAUAUUCCACACUGUCAACACUUAGAUAUACAAGUCCAUAUUCCACACUGUCAACACUUAGAUAUACAAGUCCAUAGUCCACACUGUCAACACUUAGAUAUACAAGUCCAUAGUCCACACUGUCAACACUUAGAUAUACAAGUCCAUAGUCCACACUGUCAACACUUAGAUAUACAAGUCCAUAUAGUUCACACUGUCAACACUUAGAUAUACAAGUCCAUAUUCCACACUGUCAACACUUAGAUAUACAAGUCCAUAUUCCACACUGUCAACACUUAGAUAUACAAGUCCAUAGUCCACACUGUCAACACUUAGAUAUACAAGUCCAUAGUCCACACUGUCAACACUUAGAUAUACAAGUCCAUAGUCCACACUGUCAACACUUAGAUAUACAAGUCCAUAGUUCACACUGUCAACACUUAGAUAUACAAGUCCAUAUUCCACACUGUCAACACUUAGAUAUACAAGUCCAUAGUUCACACUGUCAACACUUAGAUAUACAAGUCCAUAUUCCACACUGUCAACACUUAGAUAUACAAGUCCAUAGUUCACACUGUCAACACUUAGAUAUACAAGUUCCACACCGGCUGUCCACACCUAGGUAUACAAGUCCACACUGUCCACACUUAGAUAUACAAGUCCAUAGUUCACACUGUCCACAAUAGACCUUUCCCCUUUUGAGUGAAAUUUUGAUCUAGACAAGUCUGGACAAAAAUUUCAUCACAGCUUGAAAGAGCAUCACAAAAUUAGUAAUAUUCCGAAGUUUCGUUGCGAAGUGUUGUAAAAUGCGGAUAAUAUAGCCUUGCGAAGUUUGCCGUUUUUCAGUCAUUUUGUAUUACAAAUGGGAAAUUGAUAAUCAGAUGAUCAAACUGAUGCAAAAUGUUAGAUUGUAAUGCAAAAUGACUGAAAAACGACAAACUUCGCAAGGCUAUAUUAUCCGCAUUUUGCAACAUUUCGCAACGAAACUUCGGAAUAUUACUAAUUUUGUGAUGCUCUUUCAAGCUGUGAUGAAAUUUUUGUCCCGGCUUGUCUAGAUCAAAAUUUCACUCAUAAGGGGAAAGGUCUAUUGCGCAUGUACUUCUCGUUGUCAAAAAUUAUUAAAUCUGUAUGUCCAUAUACUUUCUAGGUGCUGUUCUAGACACGAUCAAUGCUACAGUGAUUUGCUCACCAACAACAUUUGUCAGCUAUCAUUAUCCACUUAUUCCAUUACUUACAAGUAUCAUGAAUGCUCCAAAUGUGGUAAGUAGUUAGUCAUCCCCUGGUUAGGGAUGGCCCAUGUCCCGGUUAGAAUCAUUGCGUUAUAGGAUCAGGUAUUCACAAAUAGAAACAGUACGCCAGUAUGAUUAUAUGCAUCAUAGGUUCGUGGGUGUCCAUAUGAUGUAAUCAGAGAGGUAAUAUUUCAAAUCCGACUUUGAGGACUGCGCGGACUAGAUUUCAAGUCCGCGCAAUUUGAUUCGAGGACAUGUUCAAAAUGCGAGGAAUCUAGUCAAGUCAGAAAGGGGCGUAGGACCGGGGCACAGGGGGCAUGUGCCCCCCAUUUUUUCAAAGGACCCGUGACGGGUAACUUGUUCUUCUUCCCACUCCCCCCCCCACCCCCGUCGGCCACGCGGGGGUAACCAUGGCAAAACAUGUAAUGCCAUUAGGUCAGAAGUAUCAGGUGUCAGGUCACGCUGACAUCGCGUAAUACAAUCGCGCAAUGAAAACAUGGCUUUUUUCCCUAAAAUACAUAAUUUCUCGGUUUAUAUAAAACAUUCUUAAUUUGUACACUCGGCUUGGGACUCCUUGUGUUAUAGCGCUAUUUCUUGUCGUAAAUCUUUCUUUUGGAUGUUAAAAAAACCCUGUCACUUUUGCGUCAAAGUUACGUAAUAUUUCAUUGUUUAGUAUAAAAAUUACUGUGAAUGCGCCUGCGACCCGCGUGUAAAGCGUCGUAACCCUGUUUUGACAUGCGUAAUGUUAAAAUGUACACGCAGAUCGCAGAUUCACAAAGCCUGGGCCCUUGCGGUCAUUUUGGUGUGAAAAUUUUACAUUUUGACGCAAUUUAGACCCCGUCACUUUGCGAUUGAAGGUUAGACAAUGAUCUCGACUUCAGCGUUUAUCAGGUUUUGGCUGCCGGUUGAUGCAGCGUACGAAGAAAAAAAUGAGAAGGAACAAGGACAUGAUUCACAUGAACAAUCGUAUAGAAAUCCUUUCUUUGAAGUUUGUAUAAACCAGCAAGUAUUUGCAAGCAUUGCUACAAUAUAAAGUCCUUUAGCUUUGCUCUAAACGCCGAGAAGCAUUCAACUAUUUUACUUUAUUUAUACAAUUAAGGCUUGGAUAUUUAUACUUUAUAUGAACAACGACUUUAUUAUGUACAAUAUACAUAGCUCAACAGCGUUCUUAUUCAUGUUUAGUAUGUACAAUUUUGUAAAAGCCUUUCUCUGGUCGACAUCGCUUCGAGACAGUCGCUAUAUGUGUUCAGUAAUACAUGAUACUAUGAUUACGCAAGUAAAAUGACACCAAGUGGCAAGUGCGCCAGCGCAAACUCGUUUGAGCAAAUGUCGCUCGCAAUAGGCUUAUCUUUUGGCAUGUUUAGGUGCCCUUUUCAAUAUCCAAAAGUGGCCCUGCAAGCCGGUGCCCCCCCCUAUCUUUUGAUGCUUCCUACGCCCCUGCCAGUCAGUCCAAUUAAGGACUGAAUUAAUUUUGAUCCAAUCCUAGGACUGGGUCCAUACACUUCACCAGGUAUCCAGUAUUAUCAUGUGAGCGAAAUAAAGCAAUAUUGGGUUGUAACACGGAGACUGGACGAAUUAACGGUGCAUGUCAAAGUACUAUAUAUUCUCAGCUGUUGAAUCAUUAUUUGUCGGUUCCACUUAUAGCCACAAUAGAAAUCAAAUUUUCUUUCUCAAAUUUUAUCUAUUGAGGAGUCGCACAAUAGACGAGUCUUACUUAAAUUCCGCAUACCGCUAUGUUUCUUUCCUAAUUUCGAUCAUGGCUGACGUUAUCCCACGUUCUGCAAAACCUCAGUUAUUCUUAUAGCAUCAAGUGGUGUAUAAUUAUGAUCUAAAAUCCGACACAAAUAGUGCCCUGUCCAUAAGAUGCUUGCUAAGGAGGUUGUUGUUCUAUCACGUUCUGUUGUGAGAUUUAGUAAGCCGAGGACUAAUAGGGGGACUAGAAGGGUUCGACGUAGUCAGCCCCAAACGAAUGUGUGCGGGGGAGGGGCGAUCUAAUUGUCCGGCGACAUGGUCCUCCGGAAAAUGUUUCUAAUUGUUUGGGUCUGCGAAAUUUUAGACACGUUUUAUGAUAAUCUGAAAGGCACAGAUUUGGUAUAUUUUAUGUAAUAGAUGAAAAUAUUAUUACUGUAAGAGGUUUCGCCCUCCCCCCCCCCUCCCACAGUUUCUCUUCGGUUUUGAAAGAAUCACAAAAUUGGUCCUGAAAUUAAAGCAAAUUAAACAAAAUCUCUCUUAUGUAUUCGCCAUUUGAUCAGGAACUCUGACAUUUACAGCCGAGAAAGUCGCUACUUGUGUCCCCGUUUUAACCGCAUUACAGAGGGAGGAAGAACUUUUGCUGUGAGAACUAUAAAGGCGGGAUUAGAACAGCAUUGACGUUAGUAUUAGAAAGGCCUUGAAGGAUUAGUGUCAGGGUCAUGCAUUGGUAGCAUUGCGGGCUUCUGCAUGUUACUGUUUACAUUUUACUCAAAUAAAACAAAUAACGAUAAAAAUUCCUUGUUUGGUACAUUUCUGAUAAAAGUACACAAAAAGAGCAAGGAUUAUAAUUCCUGGUGUGACGCUAAUCCUUUAAGCUUUAGUAGUUUCAAGAAAAAAAAUUUAAAACAUUUUUAGAUGCUCAGGAAUUACUAUAGCUAAAAUAGCUAUAUAAUUUUGAGACAUUUUAUAUAAAAUGAUAUAAUUAUGUGACACUUUUCCUAAUUAGCAAUAACUUAGUUUCUACUAUUUUAACUUUUUAUCCAGGUAAAUUUAGUAUAAGCUUAUAGAGGACCACGGAAGCAUCAUUUUUAUUAAUGUCAUGUGUUAUCCUCUUUUAAUAAUAAAAGUCAAACUAAACUAAACUAAACAAGCCUACUACAGUCAGGCAGUCAAAAGCUCGCUGUGUACGUGACAAAAAUAUUAGCCAGGAUGACAGAACGUGUGAGCCAUAAUAAUGACAGAAUUAACAUUCAUUGCAGGUUUAGUACUAUCUGUUGCAUCAUGGUGCUUCAUUUAAUCUUCUCAUUUUCUUCUUCAGCCCAGCCAGAUGAGUACAGUUGGUGGGAUAGUUUGGGGUAUGAGACAGUGGCUUGUCGUAAGGCGCUGUGUGAGUGUGAUGCAGUGGCUGCAAGAUGCUUCAAGAAAGCAAAAUUCAACGACCUUUUCAAACAUUAUGAUCAGGCUAAAUGUUAG